AACCUCCUUUCUCGUUGUCGGACACACUUACGGUCCGGCUAUUCCAACCCACGUCUACAGAAACUGCGCGCAACAGUGAUUGCUCUUGUCGCUCUAAUCUAUAGGAAUACCCAUCACCCUUCCUCCACCAUGGCGCGCGGUCCCAAAGUCGAGCUCAGCGAAUAUGAGCAAAAGCGUCAAGAAAACAUAGCCAAAACCCAAGCACUCCUCCGUACCCUCGAACUCGAAGCCGCUCAAGCUGGCAUUGCUCCCUCCUCAAAAGCCGCGGCCAAGGCUAAGGCCAAGUCGAAGAAACCCGCGCCUAAAAAGAUCAAGGAAGAGGACACUGGCCCGCGUCGCACAUCGUCGCGUCUGCGUGGAAUAGUCGCCGAUAGUGAAGUGGCGAAGCGCAAGGCGGAAGACGAACAUGAUGCGUUCAAGGAAGCGGAACGUGCGAAACGGCAGCGUGUUAGUGGAGACCUGAAUCUCAGCGAUAUUGUGGUUGCAGGGCGGAGCUGGGAUCAGGGGGGCAACUUUCUACGGAAUGUUAGGGAGACGAAACCGUAUGAACGGACUUUCAACGCGAAUGAUGUUAAGGAGACGAGUGAUAAAGAGUUGAAAGCAUUAAGAGAGAAAAUGAGUGGGCUGGAGCUUUGGGAAGAUUAUGAGCCCAAUGAGAUCAAGAUCACGCCGGAGCGUAUCUACUCAAUGGGAUUCCACCCGACGGCGGAUAAGCCGCUGGUGUUUGCUGGAGACAAGUUGGGGAAUUUGGGAAUCUGCGACUGCUCACAAAAAGCUUCCGAGGUGAAGCAAGAGGAUGACGAAGAAGAGGACGAAAAGGAAGGGCCCGCGAUCACUACAUUCAAGCUUCAUACACGGACAAUCUGCACGUUUCAGUUCAGUCCAUCGGAUGCGAACGCGCUAUACUCGGCUUCAUACGAUUCCUCGAUUCGAAAACUGGAUCUGGCAAAGGGGGUAGCUGUGGAAGUGUAUGCACCGGUAGACAAGGGCGACGACGACCCCCUUUCAGGUGUCGAAAUCGCAUCAAAGGAUCCCAAUAUGCUAUAUUUCUCAACCCUAGGAGGUACAUUCGGUAUGUGCGAUAUGCGGACGUCGCCACAAAAGUCUGCAGGGUUGGAGAUAUUUCAAUUGUCGGAAAAGAAGAUUGGAGGUUUCUCUCUACACCCACAGCAAGCGCACCUCGUGGCGACAGCAUCCUUGGAUCGCACGAUGAAGAUAUGGGACCUGCGGAAGAUCAGCGGGAAGGGCGAAUUGCGGCUACCAGCGCUGGUUGGUGAACACGAAAGCAGGCUUUCUGUCUCACACGCCGCAUGGAAUUCUGCAGGUCAGGUGGCUACGGCUUCGUACGAUGACACCGUCAAGAUCCACGACUUCAGUGGCUGCGGUGACUGGAAGGCUGGGACGACUCUGACCGACGACGAAAUGGAACCGGCCACGAUUAUACCGCAUAACAACCAAACCGGAAGAUGGGUUACUAUUCUGCGUGCACAAUGGCAACUACAACCCCAGGACGGAAUCCAACGCUUCUGCAUUGGGAACAUGAACCGCUUCGUGGACAUCUACACGAGUAAAGGCGAACAGCUUGCGCAGCUGGGAGGCGAGGGCAUCACGGCGGUGCCGGCCGUGGCCAAAUUCCAUCCAUCGCAAGACUGGGUUGCCGCUGGGACAGCUAGCGGGAAGUUGUGCUUGUGGAUGUGAUUGCCACAAGGACAGCUCUUAGCGAUUAGCUUUUGUGCUCAGCUUACAGCAUAUGGUACAAUGCUAGUGGUGGCUGUGGCCGUUGCAAUUGUACAAGAGUCGCAUAUCAGUUGGACCAUUGGAUUCUUGUCGACAUAACACGAUGAUCGCGAGACCCCAGUAUCCAGUGGACUUUUUGGAAAUGAGGCGCAACGGUUGUAUUUAGAGCAAGCGGUAUUCCGAGGCUGGAUCGAUCAACUAUGCGAGAACUAAGUAAUUAGGCCUUGGGAUAUAACCACCCUUUGCUGAAUCCUGCCUCGGUACGUAGAAGUAUCGCGAGGG